GCUAACAGUCAGAGGAUCACAAUGAAGAACCAUACAAGGGUGACAGUUUUCAUCAUAGCAGGUUUGACUGAUGACCCACAGUGGAAAGUUGUGCUAUUCAUCUUCCUGCUUCUUACCUAUCUGCUCAGCAUCACUGGCAAUCUGACCAUCAUCACACUCACACUGGUAGAUAUUCACCUGAAGACACCCAUGUAUUUUUUCCUUCGGAAUUUUUCUUUCUUAGAGUUUUCCUACACUACUACAUGCAUCCCCAAAUUGCUNGUUACUAUGGCAACUGGGGACAAAACNAUUUCCUAUGGUAAUUGUNUGACUCAAGUGUUUUUUGCUUUCUUAUUUGGAGCAUCAGAAUUUUAUUUGCUGGCAGCUAUGUCCUAUGACAGAUAUGUAGCCAUCUGCAAGCCCCUGCACUAUAUGACUAUCAUGAACAAUAAAGUCUGUGUGCAGCUAGUCCUCAGUUGUUGGCUUGCUGGCUUUUUUGUCAUCUUUCCACCACUCCUGUUAGGCUUGAAUCUUGACUUCUGUGCUUCCAACAUCAUUGAUCAUUUCUACUGUGAUACUACUCCACUCCUGCAGCUUUCCUGCACAGACACACAGCUCCUAGAGACGAUGGGAUUUGUCUCAGCUCUAGUGACACUCUUACUCACAUUGGUAAUGGUGAUCAUAUCCUACAUUUACAUUGCUAUAACAAUUCUAAAAAUCCCUUCAACAAGCCAGAGGAAGAAGGCUUUCUCUACAUGCUCUUCUCACAUGAUUGUAAUAUCCCUUUCAUAUGGCAGCUGCAUCUUCAUGUAUGUUAAACCAUCAGUCAAGCAGAGAGUAUCUAUUUCCAAGGGAAUUUCUGUGCUCAACACCUCAGUGGCUCCACUUCUGAAUCCUUUUAUCUACACUUUGAGGAAUCAGCAAGUAAAAAAGGCAUUCAUUAAUACAGUACACAGGAUUUCAUCUUUCUCAAAGAAAUAACUAUAUUAUUUUAUUAUAUGAAGGAAAUGAAGAA